AUGUUAAACAUACUGUGUGAAGGUCCCUGUGUUAUUAGCUCUAACAAGGAGAGUACGCUCCUUGUACGGCCUACCAGUGAGGUGCUUGUGGUGACGGACUGGGGCCGUCGUGUGGGUUUCUAUGACCUCGAUGGCAAUUCGAUCAAACGCGAUGACAUGGUGCUCAAUUACGAUCCGACCUGCGUCGAAUUCAUCCCUAGUGGGCAGUUUCUUCUCAUCGGCGGCUCUGGGCGACAAGUCACCUUGCAUACAAGGCUCGGCACGGAAAUCGGUACGGUAGCCCAAAUGGAUACAUGGGUGUGGUGUGUACGAGUGAGACCGGUCUCGAAUCCCAGUACGGUAGUGGUUGGAUGUGUUGAUGGAACUAUCGCGUGCUACAAUCUCAUGUUCAGCACCAUACACGGUCUACAUAAGGAGCGAUAUGCAUUCAGGGACAACAUGACCGAUGUCGUUGUGCAGCACCUCAUCCAUCAUACGAUGACUCGAAUUCGCUGCCACGAUCUUGUUAAGAAAGUGGCUAUAUAUGGUCAUAAAUUGGCGGUACAACUCUCCGACCGACUUCAUAUUUAUCGCCAAAUCAAGGGGGAUGGUGAGAAUGAGCAACUCGAGUACACGCUGAGCGAACGUAUCAACAAGGCUUUCGACUGCUCAUUACUUGUGAUCGGUGGUCCUCCUGGUCGAGAGACUAUUCUUAUCGGAUUACGUGAAGGACAGGUUUGUAAACUGUUCGUCGACAAUCCAUUCCCAGUUCAAGUGCUCAAACUGAAUGGUCCAAUCAAAUGCAUAGACAUAAGUGCAACAAGGCGACACAUCGCAGUUGUAGACGACAGUGGUCUAUGCGUAGUUUUCGACGCCAAAACCAAAGAAGUUCUAUUUGAAGAACCUAACUGUAACAGCGUAGCAUUCAACAGCGAUAACGAGGAGAUUAUUUGUUAUUCGGGUAGCUCGAAAUUGACUGUUCGAGCUAGAGGAUAUCCCGGACAUCAACAACGAAUGUUUGGUUUUGUCGUUGGAUUCUCUGGAAAUAAGGUCUACUGCUUGCAUAUCUAUGCCAUGCAAGCUCUUGAAGUACCAUUUUCGAAUCAGCUCUAUCAAUACAUUGAAAACAAGGAGUAUCAGAAAGCAUACGAUUUGGCUUGUCUUGGUGUGACUCGUGAAGACUGGCAAAUCCUAGCCAUGGACGCCAUUUCGAACCUAAACUGCGAAAUAGCUCUGAAGGCGUUCGCUCGUUACAAGGAUCACCGAUCGAUACAGCUCGUCCAUGAAAUCAAGGCAAUGUUAGCAGCCAACGAGCCAGACUACAUACUCCGAGCACAUGUUCUUUGUUAUGAAGGAAAAUUCCGUGAAGCUGCUGCUCUAUAUCGCUCGAAUGGCGACGAAAAUCGCGCCAUGCAACUGUUCACAGACUUGCGAAUGUUCGAUGAUGCACAGGAAGUGAUGGCGAGCGCCUCAGGAGAGACACAACGUAUGCUAAUGCGCAAGCGAGCCGAUUGGGCUCGUGAUUCGAAUCAACCAAAGAUAGCCGCCGAAAUGCUCAUUUCCAGCGGUGAUCUGGACAAAGCUGUUAUCCUUAUCACAGACAAUGACUGGAUGGACUUAGCUAUAAAUGUGAUGCGUAAACUGGAGAGGAGCGAUGUUGAUAGCCUAAGACGUUUGGCAGCCUAUUUCAUACGGAAGUCCGAAUUCAAUCUCGCUGCGAGAAUUUACGGCAAUAUCAACGAUAUCAAGGCCGUGGCACAAAUGCAUGUGGCAGCCGGGCAUUGGACUGACAAUCAACCUUUCACACGACACAGCCCGGAGACAUUGUUGAACAUGGCCCGAUACCUUGCCGCUCAACCACCUGUGCCAAACAUAUCGCAAGUGCUGAUCUGCUAUACGAUAGCACGAAUCGGACGUGAACUUGGUGCUUAUAAGUUGGCACGAGAUACUCUGGAUCGCCUGGGAAAUCUACGAGUGCCACCACGUCUUCAACGCGAUGUGGAACUGAUGACCGUCAAUAUCCGAGCGAAACCGUUCUCAGACGUCGACGAUCUGCUACCUGUGUUCCACAGUGACGACUUCGAGAUGGCCGUUUUGCAAGAAGGUCAUUGCCCGUUUUGUCGAAGUGUGCAAGAGCGAUCGGAUAAUGCGUAUCUCAUUGAUGAAGCCUGA